AACAUCCGUCCACGUCCCGUUCUUUUGGGGGGCUUCUACUUUCCAAUCCUGUCUAUAUAGUGAGCCUCAAAUAUGACUUUUAAUAAAGUUGAGGAAGGAACAAGCCACACCCACAACAAGCAGGCCAACACACUAAGUGUGACCCGUAUCAUGAUGAAUACUAGUGUUACUAUUACUAAAUCAUCUGGAGUGAGGAAAGGUGCAUGGACUGAAGAAGAAGAUCUUCUUUUGAGAAAAUGCAUUCAAAAGUACGGUGAAGGAAAAUGGCAUCAAGUUCCCAUUAGAGCUGGUCUAAAUAGAUGCAGGAAGAGUUGUAGACUGAGGUGGCUGAAUUAUCUAAGGCCACAUAUAAAGAGAGGUGACUUCUCUUCUGAGGAAGUUGAUCUUAUCUUGAGGCUUCAUAAGCUCUUAGGCAACAGAUGGUCACUCAUCGCGGGUAGACUUCCGGGAAGAACAGCAAACGAUGUCAAAAACUACUGGAACACACACCUACAGAGGAAGUUAACUGCUCCUCAUCGACAAGAGAGAAAGUACAAUAAUGCCCUCAAGAUCACAGAAAACACCAUACUAAGACCUCGACCUCGAACCUUCACAUCAAGUAGUGCAAAGAAUGUUUCUUUUUGCAGCAACAAAAGUAUCACAAACACAGUAGAUAAAAACGCACACAACAAUGAAAUACUAAAUAUUUGUGAGAAGCCAACAGAUGAAACGACGUCGGUAGACGAGGGAGUUCAAUGGUGGACAAGUUUACUGGAAAAUUGCAAUGAAAUUGAGGAAGAAGCAGAAGCAUUUGGGAGCUUUGAUGAAGAAAAUAUGUUACAAAGUUUGUUGCAUGAGGAAAUUUCACCACCCAUGCAACAAGGACAAAGUGGUAAUUGGGAUGACUUUUCCGCUGAUAUUGACCUAUGGAAUCUACUUAAUUAGCUUCAUCCAUCAGUAGCAUUAAGAACAUCUAUUAAUGGUAUUUGAUAUUGUGUACUUGUAAUAGGGAUACAUUCUAUUCUAAGUUGUUUGAACUUUGUAUCCCAAAUACAAGUAGGGAUCUAUCACUAUUUUCAUUGUAGAGUUUAAGUUAUAAAUAUACCAUGGAUUUACACCAUCA